AUGCCACGACCAGCUAUUAGACGAAAUCGCAAGGCCCCGCAAAACUCUGCGAAACAGACCACGAAUCAUCAAUCGGCUUCUGGUAACGAUAACCUCGAAUCUGCAAUUGCUUCGGAAUUGCCCUCGAAUCACGGCGAAAAUGUGGACAACGCCUCGCAUCCGAUCGAUGGCGCCGAAGCGAUAACUAUGGCGCAACAAAUGAAAAACCAGACCCCUAUGUCUAAAACGCAUGAACAGGCAAUCGAAUCGUCGCCGAUGGGCGAAGGUACAGCGACAGGCAGUCGGCCUCCCACGAGAGCCCGUGGUUACUCAUCAACUCUUUCCCUCGCAGGGCGAAAGGGUGAUAUGAGCUCGAAGGUUCCGGGGACGCCCGCUUUCGAAAGUUCAGUCCUGAGCAAUUUCAGAAGGAGAGCUCGGCAGCCUAGUAUUCUCCAGAUGAUGCAAACAGAAAAUGGCUCCUCUGACCUCGAUGACGAUGAUUUUCUUGGCGGAUUGAGCCCAGAAGACGAAUCCACACCUUUGAAUGUUUCUCGUGGGAAAUCGUUGAUACUAAAGAAUGCCGCGUCUCCAUCUGCGGAAUUCUUAUCCCCAUCUAGCGACAAAUCGCGCAAGCGGAAACGAGCGCCAGAGGAACUCCAAGUUCCCCAAUCACCUUUGAAUGUAGUAGAGAGCACGCCUAUCGGCUCUCCAGAUCGUUGGACACAAGAAAAUGAAGCACACGACCGCACCGAUACACCUCAGCCGGUGAUAUCCCCUGAAGCAUUCUGUCAGACAGUGGUGCCGCCUAUGAGCAGCAGCGCACCCCAAAGUCCUGCACGUAUUGAUUUGGCCCUGGCAGAACGAGAGUCACCUGUAACAUUAGAGAGCACGAAGGAACCCAGUGGGCGAUUAAAUGCGCAAGGACACCUCUCCACAGCGGAUCUUCAAAGUAAACUGCUUCCUCGGCGGCGUCAACGGCGGCGCAGGCACAAUGAUUCCGAUGUCUCCAACGAUGACGACAAAUCCGACGACGACGACGAGUUGAAUUACUUGCCUUCUAGAAAACCGAUGAAAUCGCGAGGGAAACAAACAGACUCGCCGAAUCCAUCGAAAAAUACGCGAACCAAGCCUACAAAACAGAAGAAGCCACUGUCUAAACCUUCUAAAAGAGGGAUCACAUACUCUUCGGCAACUCGAACGCCAGAUGUUGACAAGGAAAAUCAACCAGAUGACAUGUCGUCGCCUCUCUCAUCAGCUCUUGACUCAGAUGCAUUCGGCUCAGAUGUCUCGAUCUCAAAAUCCACCGAUAAAGGAGAUUUCAUGAGCGAGGAACUAAGAUUACAGGCAAAGAAGUUUGCGGAAGUUGAUAAUUGGCAGAUGGAAUUUGAGGAUGUAAUUAGUACCACGGGCAGCCAGGGCAGUCCAUUCAGAUAG